UGAGCUUGCGGUCUUAGCUGCGAUGCGUUUUUUGGGCGCCGCGUUCCUGUUCCUGGCCCUCAGCGCCUCCGCCCUAGCCGAGCCGGUGCAUUUCAACGACUGCGGUUCUGGGGUCGGAGUUAUAAAGGAAGUGAAUGUGAACCCAUGCCCCACCCAACCCUGCCAACUGCACAAAGGACAGUCUUACAGUGUCAAUGUCACGUUCACCAGUAGCACUCAGUCUCAAAGUAGCAAAGCCGUGGUGCAUGGCAUUGUGAUGGGCGUCGCAAUUCCCUUUCCUAUUCCUGAGCCUGAUGGUUGUAAGGGUGGAAUCAGCUGCCCCAUUGAAAAAGACAAGACCUAUAACUACCUGAAUAAACUACCCGUGAAGAGUGAAUACCCCUCUAUAAAACUGGUGGUGGAGUGGGAACUUAAGGAUGACAACGACCAACGUCUCUUCUGCUGGCAAAUCCCAGUACAGAUUGAAAGCUAGAGCUAUUUGAUGCCAAUAUGUCCGUCUGGGGUGCAUCUGGCCAAUGAGCUUCCUCACCUCCAGCUCCGCGAGCUUCCUCACCUCCAGCUCCGCUGCUUCACCAGCCAUGACUUGCUCUGCAGUGGUGUCCAGCGUGGUAGUGGAGGGGAGGUAUUCUACGACAGAAAUUCUCUGCAGUUAGCUCAUGUCUCCUUUACUAUCUUAGGUGGUUUUCAUUAACUGCAUCACUUGAUUAGCAGAUGUUUGAUUUUUUUUUUU